UCAGAAGAUGCUGAAUGACUUUUAAAUAAUGUCACUGUACUGAUGCGCCUUUUUUCUGCCUUGGCUUCUUCUACAGAAAUUUACAAUUAAGGCAGCACCUGUUGCUUUGAAUCUACAGCAAGGACACUGAAUAUCAUAUACCACUGAAACGCAGGAAAUCAAGUUCUUUGCUCUGAAGCAGGUGGACUCGAGAUGUCUACGGGUUCGGUGAGUGAUCCUGAAGAUCUCCAGGAGCUGUCAAUCACUCACAUGGACACACACUCUCUAGAAGACUCAGAAGACGAGUUUAGUAUCAAUGACAGUCUGAAAGCAAAGACCAAACCUCGAGUUGCUGCCAACAACAACAAGCAACAAAUGAAGAUGGGAAAGGAUGGCAGACAGUCUCAGAGAAACGCUGCUAACGCCAGAGAGAGGGCACGCAUGAGGGUUCUGAGUAAAGCAUUCUCGCGGCUGAAGACCAGCCUGCCGUGGGUACCGGCAGACACCAAACUGUCAAAGCUGGACACGCUGCGUCUGGCAUCCAGCUACAUUUCUCACCUCAGACAGCUCUUGCAGGAGGACAGAUACGAGAACAGCUUUGUGCACCCUGUAAACUUGACCUGGCCUUUUGUGGUCUCAGCGAGAUCAGAGGACACCAAAGACAUUUCAGCAGCGGUCAGACUAUGUGGAGCUACAGCAUAAACAUCUGGCACCUCUCUGUCUUUUCUCUCUCUCUCUCUCUCUUUUACUGUCUGUACUCAUGCACUUCCUUUGAACUUACAUCAAUGGACAUGAUGCAAUGAAUGCAACAGCAUGUGGAACUACAAUUUAAACACAAGUCAAUGCACACAAAUCUGUCUUUAUAUAGCCUGAUGUUUUUUUAUGUUCAUUCUAGCAAACAAAAACAGAUAUAACUAUAUGUGUUGAAAUAUUGGAAAUGAUGUCUGUAUUUAGCUUAAAACCAGCUCUUGUAAAAAAGAACAUCUUGCAUAGCCAGGGAAGCACUCUUAUUGUUUUAAGGAACUUGUAAUUUUCUACUCAUCCAACAGUCAUUUAAAAAUACAUUUUAUUUUUCAACUGAGCAGCAAUAUGACCUGUGUAAUUAAGGCUAGAUGGAACAGAACAAAAAUUAUUCUUGAUAUCUUGACAUUUGUCCACAUAUGUUAUACUCCAAAGUAUGUUUAAGUUAAUGAAUGUGAUAUUUGUGGCUUGUUCUAUCUUUUCUUUUAAUGUGCUUUACAUUAUAACUGAAUGAAUUUAUCACUGAAUGAAGGCCUAGGCCACUUCACAAUCUUGAUACAUAAUAAUUUUGGACCACCCAGCUAACAAAAACGUAUUUCUAAGACCAUUUAAUUGCAAAUAUUCUCAUUAAUGUUAAAACAUUAAGUGAACAUUCCAUUUUAUAACUUUGCAUAAAUAUGCAUUUCCUAUUAUGGCAAUGCUACUUUUGAAUGAUUCUUUUAAAUCAAUAUCUGAAACUAGUCAGAAGUAACAUUUUUAAACAGCUAGAUAACAUCUAACAAAAGC